AACUAAGUUUGCCGUGUAGACUGGAAUGAGGUCAGACAUAAAGCUCCUCAUUGCACGCGCUGAUUAUUAUUAGAUACUAUAUUCAGCCAAUGGGCGCGAGCGGGGCGUGUAUUUGGCGAAAGUCAGGCUGGAGACAGCAGUGGAUUGGCUGUUUUCUCUUGCCUUUAUACCUUCGGAAAAGGAUAAAUCCUAGCGAGGCGCUUCUGCAGAAAUACUCAAAGUUGUGAGCUGUGAACGAAAGACCGGACUAUGAAAGAGCGCAGUCGCGUAACCCUACCACAUGGUAUUAAGACGAAAUAUGCUGCAGACUCUUCUCUCCUUCCAGUAAAGUUGCGUUUUUUCCAGCUAUUUUGUAUUCAGAGAGGUAUUGGUCUAAUUUUCAGUCGUACUGGCAGUUGAGCUGCAGGCUGCAGUUUUUAAAAGACAUUUCUGAAACUUGAGACAAUUCCCAGUAACAUCCUCACGAGGAUAUGCGCGUUGGAGACGGUUUGCUGACAGGGCACUAAACCAAGAGACAGACAGCUGCACUAACUUUGUUUCCACACGCGUGGCAAGUGCUCUGGCAGACAGUUCUGUUGCCCCGUCGCUUUACAGCCAUACUCCCAACUGAUAUCACAAAGUGUGUGGGCGAAAAAAAAAGACAUUUGAACUCCGUUGUGUCUGAGUGUUGUGUUCAGUCCUUCAGUUACCUGUAGGAUUUUGUUAAACAGUUUUUGCUAUUCGCUGUGGUAACGCACGUGAACAGUUAUGGUGGCACAGACGAUCACCGCGAGCAACUCCGACGUGCUACCCAGUGACUGCAUCGAUUCAGGGGAGACGGACCUAGACAUGGAUGCCUCCCCAACCCCGGGGUCCCCUAACCCAGUUGGGGAUAAACUGGACAUCGCCUGGUGCAAGACUCCCACUGGGCACAUCAAGAGACCGAUGAAUGCGUUCAUGGUUUGGUCACAAAUUGAGAGGCGUAAAAUUAUGGAACAGUCGCCGGACAUGCACAACGCGGAGAUCUCCAAGAGGUUAGGCAAACGGUGGAAACUUUUGAAAGACUGUGAUAAGAUCCCUUUCAUCCGGGAGGCUGAGAGACUGAGACUGAAACACAUGGCAGACUAUCCGGACUAUAAGUAUCGACCACGUAAGAAAGUGAAGUCCUCCACCGCCAAGACGGCGGAAAAGGGGGAGAAAGUUGGUGGCCACACUGGCACAAAGUCUUCGUCCAAAAAGAGUCACGUUUCUAAAUCUCUCAGUAGGACGCAAAAGAGGUCCGCAGCGCUUGAGCAGCCUUCUACGUCUGUCACUGUAGAUCACCACGCGCUCUACAAAUCCAGGUCAGCCUCCUCGGCCAAGCAGAUACCAGACAAGCCCAUAAAACGCGCUCAUAUCGGAGGAAACAACUCUGACAGUAAUACGCCCUCCGUGACUGUCCCAGCUAGCCCUACCCUGAGCAGCUCCGCCGAGUCGAGUGACCCGCUGAGUUUGUACGACGACGGGCUAGCCAGCGGGAAAGAAGACGCAGAGCCAUCCAGGGCGACUGUGUCGGCUGCGCGCUUCAAAUACACCCGUGCGUCCUCUCCAACACCGUCCGCCUCUCACUCUUCUUCACAGUCUUCGUCCUCGGAUGAAGAAUUUGAGGACGAUCUGCUGGAUCUUAACCAUAGUCCUGGUUUCGGUAGCUUCGGCAAUUUUGGCACCGCUUCUCUGGACAGAGAUCUGGAUUUCAAUUUUGAAACGGGGUCUGGGUCGCACUUUGAGUUCCCUGACUACUGCACCCCCGAGGUGAGCGAAAUGAUUUCAGGAGACUGGCUCGAAUCAACUAUAUCCAACUUGGUGUUCACAUACUGAGUGGCACGAAUCUGAAAAUCACAGCUGAAAUUAAGAUCUUUAUGACUGUCGUAAAGAUGGACUGAAACGUCCUACUGAGGCAAGUCGGACAACAUGAUAACAACACGAUUCCUCCUGUUGAUAUCACGCAUCCAGUGUUGUGGGUUCACUAUACCCAAUGACGAGAGCGCAGAUGAAAACGCUUAGCUUGCUCGUUUUGGUGAAUGACGAGGUUGCCAGAAGUAUGGGAGCAUAGGCACGCAUUGCACACAGGCGAGUCGAAGUUGUCGGGCCGUUCAAAUGAGACUUAAGAAGGGACAUUUUGAGAACUCUGUCCAGACGUUCUCGAGGAACUGAAAAGGGGCACAAACGCGAGCGAUUAUUUUACGCGCAGUGGAGUGUUUAACAAUGUUUAAAAAGAACAGAAUCGCAUGCUGAUUACGGUUUAGCUGAGAGUCUGUCCAGAAGUGUGACCAGUGUCGGUUUAAAAGAAAAGCAGCGCGCCAUUAGACUCAAAUAUGAAACAAUCACCAGCUUUUCCUGUCAACGAGACAUCAGGAUUCAAACGCAACUCAGACGGUUCAGCUUUCUACACUACAAACAAGGACCAAAUUUCGUCCGAGGAGCGUUCUCCCUCUCUGCCUUUUACUUUUCAUCCGCUUGAUUCCUCCUUUAUAACUUCUUUGUGCUCAGAAAUCAUUUUUAUAUCGAUGUAUUUAUAAUGGCCAAAUGUUUCGUUUGUAUGUUUUUUUUUUACGUUGACCUGUUUCCAUCUGUCUCGUUUAUAUAGCUUACACAUGCACAUGUCCGUCUCUGUUGCGGAAGGGCUAGAACUGCAUCGUAUUAUUUAAUUAAUGGCCUCUCACACAGAAAGGAGAUUAAAUGUUUCAUUAUUUUCUACGUGUAUUUUUGUACAAAUCUAUCGAGGGGGUGUCAAUCGGUGAAUAUCGCUGUUUGGAUUUCCGAUUUUAAGACUGGGGGAUGGGUUGUCUCAGAAUCUGUCCCCGAAACCAUGUUUACAGUGUCAAUCCACAGGCUUCUUAAAGACACAGUGUCUCCUUUUCACCAACCAAGCAUUACCCAGAAAACGCGCAUUGAAAGAGGUUGUAUGUAGCGGCAGCAGUGUCUGCAGUUUAUUGCGUCCUUAUGGGAAAUAUAGUACCUUUGAUAAUUUCGUUGUGCUUUUAUAGUGAAAAGUUUGGUUUUAACCACUGGAUGGAAUUUAAUACAUUCAAAAUGCCUAUACGAGUCCAUGAACAAUGAAGUAAUGCUUCAAUCCUAAAUGUACAAGGAUAUUUAAUCUUUUCUACUUGUUGGCUAAAUGUAGCUAAUUGUUUUAGUAUGUUAUGGCAUGGCGAAUAGCAUUUUGUAUUUUUAAUUCAGGUUUAUGUAGAGCUGUUGUGUUUAAGGCAAAGGGUCAACGUGAAGAUUUCUGUGUACAUUGAUUGUAUAAUAGGUAAAGACUGCGUGUUUGUCUGAUGAUGAUUUUAUGACAGGCACUUGAGCAUAUAUCUUUAUACAUCCCUACGUUUAAGAUUGUUGUUUAUGAGUUUUGGGGAUAAAUAUAUACAUUUUAUUGUUUCAUUUUGUGCAAUAUGCUGUGUACAAUAUUGUUUUGUCUUGCCAUACCAUAUCUCAUUUGAGUAGAGAAUUCAAAGCCAGCCAAUCGUGUCAAGUCACUGCCUGUCAGACCUCUGUAUAAACUUUGUGUUUUUUCCAAAAGGAAAUAAAAUCAGCUGGAACUGA